AUGACGGAUACAACGAGCGCACAGCAGGCCGAGAGCCACUACUUCGAUAACGAACCUCCGCCAAAGGACCUCAAAACCAACACGACCCUUGCACGAGAGUUUGUCACGCGACAUGCUAACGAAGGUCUCCGCGUCGUGCUCGUCACUUCUGGCGGCACCACGGUGCCAUUAGAACAGCAGACGGUCCGUUACAUUGACAAUUUCUCGGCCGGUACGCGAGGAGCCACCAGUGCCGAAUACUUUCUCCAAAACGGCUAUGCAGUCAUCUUCCUACAUCGACAGUUCUCCCUUCUCCCCUACUCGCGGCACUACUCGCACAAUACGCGGUCCUUUCUCGAUUUCAUGAAGGAGGAGGGCGGCAAGGUGGUGGUGGAUGAACAACACCAGGAUCAGAUGCUACGUGUCUUGCGCCAGUACAAUGAGGUCAAGCGUGAGAACAAGCUGUUGAUCCUGUCCUACGUAACCAUCACCGAGUACCUGUGGAACCUGCGCGAGGUUGCGCAGCUCAUGCGUCCGCUUGGGCCCAAAGCCAUGUUCUACUUAGCUGCCGCCGUAUCCGAUUUCUUCGUGCCUCAGGACCGCAUGGUUGAACAUAAGAUCCAGUCAAAUGAAGAGUUCCACCAAGGUACAGAUGGCGCCAGUGGGGGCAACGUGAAACCACCAGCGGCACGCACCGAAGGCAAGAGUCUCAUAAUCGAUCUGGAGCCCGUACCCAAGUUCCUCAAGCAGCUCGUCGAUGGCUGGGCGCCCGAAGCCAUGAUUGUAAGCUUCAAGCUGGAGACCGAUCCUUCUCUACUCGUCACAAAGGCCAGAUAUGCACUAAACAAAUACUCACAUCACCUGGUUAUCGGAAAUCUACUGCUCACUCGCAAGUGGGAGGUCGUUUUUGUUUCCGUGCUCGAUGGCGAGAAAUGGAUCAGAGUGCCCACCAGCCGCAGGACGAAGAGCCUGUCUGGUAUGCCAUCCCUGGUCGGCUCCGCAGAUCAACAAUCAGGGAAAGUUGUAGAAGCGGGUGCGUCCAUUGCCAUAGAGAAAGGAGUACCACAAGGCGAGCCAUCUAUGGAAAUCGAAUCCCUAAUCAUCCCUGAGAUCGAGUCCAUGCAUACUAGGCUGAUAGAGCAAGCCCAGGCACGAGAUUUAGCCAAAGAAUAAUAUGCAACAUCAUAGCAAUCAUCUCAAAUCAUCUAAAAGAUCUUUUCCAUGUAUAAUAGAUUGUUAAAGGAAGCAAAGGCAAGUGCUUGAGCUUCUUGGAAUAACACGUACCAUCAUCAGAAG